GCAAAACGAAUAAGGCUCUGAGGUCUUCAGAGACCCUCAGAGGAAUGUUUGGUGGUGAACACAGGAGAGGGUCUUCUCCCUGGCUGGGCUUUCUGUGAAUCUACACCUCUACUGCUGCCUCCAGAGGUCUUUGAUCUCCUCCACCAGAAUUACGGCUUGGUCAUCCCAUGAAUGGUCAAAGAACAGUCCCUUUCUCGGAUCCCGCCUUCAGGAAAACUUCAAAGCAUUUCAGGGAGGAAGAUAAGAGGACAAUCCUGUCGCCAUGAAAUUUCUCAACUUAUCUCCCUGCUCUGAACUGAAACCAGCACCUCCCAGGCCAGACAGGCCUGUCUCAAGAAUUUCUUAGCCCUCCAGAUCUGAUGCUGGGCAAAUCCUGGUUAUGCAUUCUGGAGGAAGGAACUCUGCGUUCAGCCAAAGAGCCACCUUUUUUCACCCACAAAGUCCUGCCAUUUAUUUACCUUUCUUCCCGGGGACGGUGAGCUUCGAGCCCUAAGAAGAUGGGGUCCCCUCCUCUGCGCGGACAGGUGGACAUGAGCAUCACAGACGUCGCUGCCUCACUGCUUAGGACGGAGGAUUCCUUCUCUGCCUGCCUUGCUCGGAUCAACAGCAUCGUCCUCCAGCCCCUCCUGCAGUCAGGGUCUUUUGAGAACGCGAAGCUUUUGGACGAGCUGAACGACCGCUUCCAAGUCAUCUGGGACCUGACGGAGGAGAGCUACAGAACUCUGAAGCAAACCUUCGGCGUGUCAGAAUCCGUCAGCAUCCAAGACCUGUACCUGGCCCAGAAAGCCGACUUGUUCCUUGACGCUUACAUCCAGUACUUCUCCACUUUCGCCAGUUGUGUCGUGACCCAAGUCUUUGACCAUGCUGCCAGGAAUAAAAGCGAUUUCUGGAAGAGCCACAAGCCAUCGCUGCAGCAGUUCCUCGCCGACUUCUCCCCGGGGACGUCCAUCGCUGUCGCUCUCCACACUGUGCUGCACAAGCCCUUCUGGGAGCACCUCCAGAAGUACAGCCUGGUCUUCUCCCAACUCAAGGAAGCUCCUGGCCAGAACCUGGUUAAAGAAGUGAGCAAAGCUGCCGAAGGGUUUGCAAAGCUUCACUUGUUCAUUUGCCAAGCUUUGGAUGAAGCCAACCUCACCCGGAACCUCUGGAAGUCCCUGGGCCACAAGUUCACGGAUGUUCUUUGCGUUCCUGAGAGGAGGCUGCUGGAAGACAGCCGGAAUCUUGCCCUCUAUCCCAGCACAGGAAGAUCUGACCGGGUUCUGCUCUUCAACGACAUCCUUGUGCUGAUUCAAGGGAACACCUUCCAGAGUUUUGACCUGAAGCUCACCUGGGUGGACGCGACUUUCAAGGAGACAGGAAAGCACACUCUCCGCAUCAACACCCCAGAAGGCGUGUUCUUCCUCUUGGCCAAAGAACCAGAGUCACGGGCCGUGUGGCAGUGGAAGCUGAACCAGGCUGUGCGCCAGGCGUUGAGCGGGAAGCGAGACUUCCCUCUGUGGGGCGAGGCUGGCCGAGGGAGAGACCCGCCGGUCUGCCGCUUCUCCAGCUUCACUUUCCGGGAGGAAGGAAGGCUCAAGGGCGCGACCUACGAGGGAGAGUGGCGCCUGAGUAAACCGCACGGCAAGGGGACGCUGACAUGGCAAGAUGGUCGGAAUUAUGUCGGGGACUUCCAGGAAGGCAUGGAACAUGGGUUUGGCAUCUGCCUCAUCCCUCGCGCCUCUGAGGACCGCUAUGACUGCUACAAGUGUCACUGGCGAGAAGGCAAGAUGAGCGGUUAUGGGAUUUGCGAGUAUGGCGACGAGAUGGUCUACAAAGGGUAUUUCAAGGACAACGUACGCCAGGGGUUUGGCAUCUUGGAGAAUGCUUCGGAUGCUGAGCAGCCGUUCAAGUACUCGGGGCACUGGGAAAAUGACAAGAAACAUGGCUAUGGCAUCUGGGACGACAAAGAGAGAGGGGAGAGGUACAUUGGGAUGUGGCAGGAAGACCAGAGACAUGGACCAGGGCUUGUGCUCAUGCAGUCGGGCGUCUGCUAUCAGAGAACUUUCCACAUGGAUAAAAUGGUGGGACCUGGGACGCUCCUCCUGGAAGACGACUCAAUCUUUGUGGGAAACUUCACCAGAGACUUGACUUUUGUUGGCAAAGGCAAGCUGACCUUCCCAAACGGAUUCACCCUGGAGGGGACGUUCAGCAGCAAAUCUACCCACGGGCUGCAAACUCAAGGAAUCCUGGACACGUCUGGCGAACAGGAUGACACCGCAGAGAAACUCCAGCUGGGUCAGGAAGUAUUCCCAGUUGAGGAAAGAUGGGAAGGCCUCUACAGCCCCUUCCUGGAGUUCAUCCGCUCAGGCGGUCAAGGGGAAACAGAGGAGGCUUUCAUGGGCUUCCACGUUCAGACGAGCAAAGAGCUGAGGAAAUCCCAGGAGUACCUCUUCUGCCACAGAGGGACUGAAGAGGCUCCCAAGAAAGUUGACUAUCUUGAAGAACUCAUUGAACACCAGGAGAAGGAUGACCUGCAAGAUUACCUGCACCAGGCGCUGCAAUCUUCUCUGCACCCCCUGGGGAAAUUCCUGAAGGCCCUGACGUUGGCGUUCCAAGCCAGCUACUCUGGGAUCGGAGCAAACAAGCAUCUUCUCAGCAUGGCGCAAGAGGAGGUCAAGCAUUACGCAAAGAAGAUUUGGGAAUUCUACCAGGGCUUGCUGCGUCUUGCGUUGGAGGUCAAAGGUCAACCGUCUGCCGGAGGCAUGGAGGAGAGUGACCUCAACGGCCCGGCCCUCGUUCUGCCCCUCAUCCUGCCGUGUUUCUAUCCAGAACUCUCGAUGCUCUACAUGCUUUACCACCAGAAAGAGGAUGACCUGUAUUGCCAAGGGAUUGUGGAUCUGAGCCUGUUUCCUGAUGUUAAGCUGCUUGAAUUCCUGGAGGUCCAAAAAUAUUUGUGGCCCCUCAAAGAUCUGACGCUCACAAGUAACCAGAGACGAUCACUGGUCAAAGACCGCUGCUUUCUUUCUGCUACUGAAUGUCUACAGAAGCUGAUCACCACUGUUGACCCGCGGGAAAAACUGGACAUUCUCCAAAAGACAUACGAGGAAAUUGAGAAGACAGUGAACCGGGUGCUGGAGAAGGAAUAUAGCCUGCCAAUGGACGACCUCUUGCCGUUACUGAUGUAUGUUGUGACGAGGGCAAGUAUACAACAUUUAGGAGCAGAAAUCCACCUGAUCAGAGAUCUGAUGGACCCGACAAAUGAAGGAGGCAUGUACGACUUCCUGCUGACAGCACUCGAGUCGUGUUAUAAAUUCAUCCAGAAGGAAAUAAGACUCCGCCCAAGUUGGCAGGUCCUACACAAUUCCUGAGAGUUGCACAGCAGCAUUCAUUGUCCUAACAAAGGAUGCUGGAAAGAGAAGGAACUUGAAAUUGUCGCUGCUGGGUUUUCCAUUUUUUGGUAUGUCUUUCCUAUGGGAAGGAUGUUUGGUUUUUAAGACACAAUUUCUUUGAAAUUGACAUUUGAAAAAGAAUGGUUCUUUGACAUUGAUGAGAAGGCUGCAGACAGAAGGAAGUCAACUUGAUUCCAGGUGCAAUACUCCCGUUCCUCGUCUCAUCCUCAUCCUCAUGCAAAAUGCAACUUUCUAUUCCUGGACAAGAGGACUUACCAUUUUGGAGGCAAGAGGUUAAUUCUGGUCCUGCUGGGGCCAGAAACAAAGCUGUUUUGAAGGUCACCAAAACCAGGAAUUUGCCAGAACCGAUCUUGUUUGGGCCAGUGCAAUUUUUUAACCAAGCGCUUUAACCUUUCAUGUCAAAUUACCACCGUUUAUUAUUUCCUUGUUUGUUUACGAUUCAUGGAGCAUCUUGCAAAAGACAGUCUUGUGUACUGCUAAAACA